AUGUCAUUGGCCACCAACUUCCGAACAAUGACUCAGCCUGUGCCAGACAAGCCAAGUUCACUUCAGCAUCAUAUUCGUACCCCGCAGUGGGUCUCUUUAAUUGCCGGCGGAGUUGCUGGGGGCGUGGAGGCAGCAGUGACGUACCCGUUUGAAUAUGCGAAAACCCGUGUUCAACUCCUGCAGGGCCGCACGGCGGUCACUUCCUCGAGUCCGCUGCACCUGAUCUUCAAGGUUGCCCAGCAGGAAGGCAUCAGUGCUUUGUAUACCGGUUGCUCCAUGCUCAUCAUGGGCACCACCGCCAAAGCGGCGGUCCGAUUCCUCUCCUACGACACCAUCAGAAAUUCUCUAUCCGAUGAGCACGGGUCGCUCUCGCCAGCACGUGGCAUUCUCGCCGGUGUCGUGGCAGGAGCAGCCGAGAGUGUACUGGCAGUCACUCCGACAGAGAGAAUCAAGACAGCGCUAGUCGAUGAUGCCAAGCACGCCAAACAAUUCCGGUCAAGUACGCACGCUGUGCAGGUGUUGGUUCGCGCCCAUGGGAUCAUGGAACUAUACCGAGGCCUUAUCCCCACGACACUCAAACAAUCAGCAACCUCUGCAGUGCGGAUGGGGACCUACAAUAUCCUCAAAGAGGUGGCCAAGGCACAGGAACUGGCCCCGAGUGUCUUCACGACCUUUGGAAUGGGAGCCCUCGCUGGGGUCGUCACGGUCUACGCGACGCAGCCUUUUGACACUGUUAAGACACGGGCGCAGGGCGUCCAGGGGGCAGGCCUCGUCGAAGCAGUCCAGAGCGUGUACCACGCGCAUGGAGUCCGGGGGUUCUGGAAGGGCAGUACUAUGCGGCUGGGAAGGUUAUUGCUCAGUGGCGGCAUUGUAUUCUCCAUAUAUGAGCAGAUGACAUCGAUCCUACAAUAG